AGGAAGUGUAGUUGAGCACUGAUCUGCACGGACGCAGUUUUCAGAUGGUCACUGUAGACGUGGAUUAUUAGCCAGUAGUUUAGAUAACACUUGAAACUCAUUUAUGAGAAACAUCAGACAUUUCUGAUUAGCAAAUAUGCUGGAUUUUGCUAUAUUUGCAGUGACAUUCGUCAUUAUCCUAAUUGGUGCCGUUCUGUAUUUAUAUCCGUCAUCUAGAAGAGCUUCUGGUAUACCUGGACUAAACCCCACAGAGGAGAAAGAUGGAAAUCUGCAGGAUAUAGUAAGCAGAGGAAGCCUGCAUGAGUUCUUGGUGGGUCUUCAUGAUGAGUUUGGAUCUGUGGCAUCUUUCUGGUUUGGUGGGAGACCAGUGGUCAGCCUGGGCUCGGUGGACGAACUACGGCAGCACAUAAACCCCAACCGGACCACGGAUUCCUUUGAGACGAUGCUCAAGUCGUUGCUAGGUUACCAGUCAGGUUCAGGAGUGGGAGUGACUGAGUCGCUGAUGAGAAAGAAACAGUAUGAGGGAGCUAUUAAUAAAACUCUUGAGAACAACUUCCCCCUUCUGCUCCAGCUGGUGGAGGAACUAGUUGACAAGUGGGCAUCUUUUCCUGAAUCUCAGCACACGCCCCUUUGUGCUCAUCUGCUCGGAUUGGCUAUGAAGGCUGUCACUCAGCUUGCCAUGGGGAGUCGCUUUCAGGAUGAUGCUGAGGUCAUUCGGUUCCGCAAGAAUCACGAAGCGAUCUGGUCAGAGAUCGGUAAAGGUUAUCUGGAUGGAACCUUAGAGAAGAGCUCUAGCAGAAAGGCACAUUAUGAGAGUGCUCUGGCUGAGAUGGAGACAGUGUUGAAAUCUGUGGCAAAACAGAGGGUUGGACAAGGAGUCCAUCAGUUAUCUUUUGUUAAUAAUUUACUGCAGGCCAACCUGACAGAGCGGCAGGUGAUGGAGGAUGGUAUGGUUUUUACUCUAGCUGGCUGUGUCAUCACCGCUAACUUGUGCAUCUGGGCUGUGCACUUCCUGUCAGUGUCAGAGGCAGUGCAGGAGAAGCUCUAUCAAGAGCUUGUUGACGUGCUGGGUGAAGAGCCUGUUACCUUGGAGAAGAUUCCACAGCUCAGAUACUGCCAGCAGGUGCUGAAUGAAACCGUCCGCACAGCCAAACUAACGCCUGUGGCUGCCAGAUUACAGGAGGUGGAGGGUAAAGUGGAUCAACACGUCAUUCCUAAAGAGACAUUGGUUAUCUAUGCCCUGGGUGUGGUUCUUCAAGAUGCGGAUACUUGGUCACUUCCAUACAGAUUUAAUCCUGACAGAUUUGCUGAUGAGUCAGUAACGAAGAGCUUCUCACUGCUUGGGUUUUCAGGAAACCAGGCCUGCCCUGAACUUAGAUUUGCAUACACUGUGGCCACAGUGCUGCUCAGCACACUGGUGCGCAGGUUGAGACUGCACCGAGUUGAAGGGCAGGUGGUUGAGGCCAGGUAUGAACUGGUGGCCACACCCAAAGAUGACACCUGGAUCACACUCAGCAAGAGGAAAUGAAGAACUCAUAUCUCAUGUCCCUAAAAAUGGACUCUUCCUGGAAAAAUGAAUUAUGCAUGGCCAAUGGCAUGGGGCAAUCUUCUAGGUCUGCAAAUUAGUGCAUUUCCUCAGCACACUGAGUGGGGCUUCAGUUGAUAAGAUCAAAGCGAUGUCCAGUUUAUUAAACCUAUAUGACUGAAGAUUUUAAUUCAUACAAAAUGCCACAAAAAGGCCAUUUAAAAUAAGGGCACCGUUACAGCCAAGGUUCUUGCUUAACAUUUCAGCUUUCAGUGUCCAUGUCUAAACAUUUUUACUGGUGCCAUAAUGCCUCACUUCCAUAUAUUAUAAUACAUGAUUUAUCAUUGUUUAAAUACUACAAUCUUUCUAUGCUAAUAAAAAGGAAAAAUAAGUAUGAUUAUGUUUUCCGAA